CUUUCAGUUGAGCGCGAGAAUUCCAGGCGGGCGGACGGGGCGGAUGAACGAUAAUCGGUGUUAUAUCAUUUCGGUGCUGUCGAAAAAGGCGAUAAGAACUGCUUUAAUUUCGAAAUUCCCGAAAAAAAAAUAAUGUGUGCGGCGACAAGAGCUUCAAUUAGCAUUUAGAAAAGCCGCAUCAUCAUCGCGAUCCCAUCAUUAAAAUCCCUAUAUAGAUGGAGGAGGACGUGCUGAACGCCCUGCAGACGCGGAGUGCCUACUUAUCCGGCGGAUUCGAUCGCCAGAAGCGCAUCAUCUUCGUUGUCAACGCGUUCAACGAUCUGCAGCUGUGGAAUCGCCGCUAUCUGCAGGUGACUCUGGACUAUCUGAAGCGGUCGCUCAGCGCUUCGGUUUUGCAGAACGGAGUGAGUGUGGUGGUCAAUGCCCAGGAGAGCAGUUCGCGGAUCUCGAGGCAGCAGGUGCGCCAGAUAUACUCCCUCUUCGGGGGCGAUAUCAAUGUGGACCUGUAUCUAGUCAGGGCGGAGGGCUUCUGGGAGAAGCAUGUGGAGCCGUGCACCAAGUCCCAGGUCAAGGGAGAGCCCCUGGUGCUGUCCAAGGCGAGGCUGUUCAAGUUCAUAGAGCCGCAGAACCUGCCCGAAGAGCUGGGCGGCACCUUGCAGUUCAACUACGAUCUGUGGCUGCAGCAGCGCAAGUCCAUCGACGAGUUCACCAAAUCGCAUGUGCAGACUCUGGCUUCGAUGGAGAAACUGUUGGCUCUGCUGCGGGAGCACAAAUCCCUGCGGCCGGCGGAAGCGGAUGUGGAGCUGAAGAAGUGCGCCCAGCUGCAUGCCGGUGUCCAAAACGACAUAGAAUCCGCCAUCGACAUGGGUAACGCGAUCUUGGCCCGCUUCAACGAGGUCUACGAGACGCAUUCACCGCCGCCACAAGCGGUCGCACCUGCCUCGGAGUCCCCUGCGAGCCCCCCUCCAAUUCCCGUCCACUCCGCCACUGCUGUUCCCCCGCAGCAGCAGAAGCCCCUCCUGCCCCCGGAUCUCGUGUGUGAACGUGCCCGCAUCGAAUUGCGAUUGAAUGAGAUCGAGAAGAAACAGACAGCCAUUCGGACUGCCUGGCUGGAGUUGCUGCGAUCCCUGAGGGAGGCACGUGAGCUCAGCACUUUGGAGGAGGGGGUGUCCUUCGUCACCAACUGGAUCCUGCAGCAGGCGGAGCAGCUACUUAGCCGCCAAAGGAGCAUUGCCGGCGAUGUCCGGGGAAGUGAGGCCCUGCGAUCAGCCCACGAUCAACUGGAAAUGGAGUGCCGGGAAACCUACGGUUGCUAUGCUGAGUUGCUCUACAAGAUCGAGAGAUUCGCCGGGGAGAGGCAGGCAUCUCCCAAGGACAUUGAACUGUGCCAGGAUCUCCUCUCGCAGCGGGAUUUCAUGCAGUUUGUGUGUCGCUCCUUUGCUAAGAGGUUGGAGCGACGAAGGAAUGUCCUGAUGACCGCCCUGAGGUUCCACCGUCUCCUCGAGCAAUUUGAGGAACUUUUGACCACUGGAAACCAUGUGGUGGAGGUUGACAGCCGAGCGCUCGAUUGGCCCGAGGCGGAGCAGCUACUCAUGCAGCUCAAGAACAACCAGGAAAUGAUGGGCCACGUCGAGCGCGAUCUUGUGCGUGAAGGUGAAAAGCUGAGCGACAUGCUGGCGAUGCCGGUGAAAGACGCUCUGGGUCGCGACCUCCAGCUGGACUACAGCCCCGAGAUCGCCCAGCUGCGGCGGCAGAUCGACGAGAGCAGGCGGCGGCGUCAGGUGUGCGGACAUCGGAUGGCGCUGCAGCGGCUCACCUUGGAGCAGGUGACCCACAUCCACGCCUACGAGGAGGACGCGCGGAGGGCGCGGGACUGGCUGCAGGAGCUGUAUGCCGUCUUGCUGCGCUGCCACUCCCAUGUCGGCUGCAACAUCCACGAGAUCCAGCUGCAGAAGGACGAGCUGCAGGGGUUCGAGGAAACCGGCCGGAGCAUCUACCACUAUGGCUGCCAGUUGCUGGAGGCUUCCCAAACUCUGCGUCUCUGCUGCAACAUGGAUCCAUCGGGAUCUAGGUCGCAAUCCAAUCCCGGCCAGAGUUUGAUCAGUGAUGAACUGCAGCACACGUGGCACAGCCUGCAGUCCGUGGCCCAGGAGCAGAUGACCAGACUGCGGGUCUCCGCCGUUUUCCAUCGCAGUGUGGAGGCCUACUACCGCCAGCUGAGGGAACUUCGUCCCCUUUUGACCCAGGAACUAUCCGCCCAACUGCAGCAGCAACAAAGACAGCAGCACAAUCGCAGUAGCAGUGGCAUAAGUAGCGAUGCUGAGGGAGAAAUCGAAUCGGAGCUAUCUCCACUGGGAGAAAUGCCUCCACGAUUGCAGCGCCAUCUGGUGGCCAGGGAGCAACUCCUGGUCGAAGUGGGAAGAAUGGUCAGGUUGGGAAGACUGCUGAAGAAGCGGCUCAAAGAGCCCUUCGUCUUGGAUGCGCUGACAGGAAAGAGUGUCGUGGCCGAUGAACUGCCCCUGGACUCCAGUCCAAGUCCACUCCAUGACAGUGGAAGAACCAGCAGUGCUGGCAGCGAGGUGCCCGCAGAAUCCCCGCCAGCCACUGUGCAGGUGGUGCCCACGGGGAGCAACGAACUGGCCUGCGCCGCCAUCUCGCACAAACUGGGAGCCAUUGCCGAGGUGGCCGAGUCCCUGGACGCAGUCAUCCGGGAUGUCCAGCAGCAGGAGGGAGCAGCCAGCAAUGGAAUCACCAACGGCACCGCAGGACAUGGCAUCAAAAAACUGGGAAGCAUCGAGGACUGGCAUUCCCGCUCCACCGAGGACGAAUCCUUCGCCACCGCCUCCGAGGGCAACUUCACGCCCAACUCGCACUCCUCCUCCUUCCAAACGGCCUCGGGACGCACUAGCUCCUACAUAGGAUCGGCCAAGAACUCCUUCGAUGAGGCGGAUGACUCCACGCUGAGCACCUUUGAGAUACCCGAACUGCCGACCUCCCCGGUGAACAUGUCCUUCGAUAGCUCCGAACUGAGUUACUUCUCCGCCCACCAGCAGAGGGUGAAGAGUGAGGAUCAGGAUAGUGUGGUGGGUGUGGCAGAGCUGCAUAGUCAGAGUGUGACGCCCACUCCAGACGACGAGGAGCAGCAGCACUUGCUCCUGCCACUACCCUUGCCCCAGGCCAUCGAAUCGGACAGUGAGGUGGAGGGAUUCAGCUUGGCCACGGGGAUCACGACGGAGAUGACCCCCAGGAUUCCCAAUGCCCACACGCCGGAGGUGAGCUACCUAUCCGCUGAUAACACCGCUCCGGCUUCAACUAACCCCAACGAAUCGAAACCGCCGACGUCGUGGCGACGCAGUAAAUACUACGAGAACAUAACGAAACAAACGAUCAAGGGAUUUCUCUAGGAGGUCUGGAUGACCUGAAAGAUCUGGCCCACCUGUCCCACCUGAAAGAUGAACUCAAUGAUUACCCGCCCAAAUAACCCGCGCCAUUUGCUUCUCUGCCGAUGCUCGACAUUCUUGCCAUUAAUUAGUUGGCAUAUUAUUUUUGAUGUUUUCCUGAAAACUUAUUUUGGCCCAUGAGCUAAAAGUUUUCCUCUGUUUUGUUUUGUUUGCUAAUUUACUUUGCAUGCUAGUUCACUGUUUUAUUUUCGCCUAAAAACGAUACUAAAUUGCCUGCGAAAACUAUUUUAAGUAUUUUAUAACUGUUCCGUUUUAUUUUUUCCAAGCUUUUAUAACUAGUAACUACAAUAUUUAUUUUCUUAGUUCAAAUUUAGUUUAAGCCUUGCAAAAUUAGAGAAUUCCAAAAUGCUUAUAUAAAAUAUACAUCAACAAUUUAUAAUAUGAAAUUUAAUUCUGUCACAGCCAGUCGAAAUUUAUGCCAUUAAUUGUAUGUUUAAUAUUUAUUGAUAACCAUUUCUCCCCACACAGUCACAAAAUAUAGUGCAAUUAAUAUUGGAAAAUAUUUUACCCCAAAAAUAAAGCUAAUCAUAUAUAA